CUCUAGUCAUCAAUUCCUUCACGUUCGGAGAACCGUGACUCGAUUCUGAUACGACGAAAAGACCUUAUUUUCUCCUAGUUACUCCUCUCCUCCGUCAGGAUGAAGACGGAGGUGUUCUGUCUUCUGAUCUGUCUCGGCACUGCCGUUGCUUUGACGAGGAAGCAAGAGGCAGCCGAGCAGAGUCGUCGAAAGGUGUCAUUGCCAUCGUUGCAGAAGAAACAGCAGCCUGCUACUGAGCAAGAAGAGUACGAGGACGAGGAGGAAUCUUCGGACCAGUGUCCCGAACCCAACGGUUAUUUCGCUGCAGCUGAACAGUGUGACAAAUAUUACGACUGUCGGGACGGGAAAUUCACUGAAAAAUUGUGUCCCGACGGUUUGGUGUUUAACGAUUUCAGCCCACAGCACGAGAAGUGCGAUCUACCGUUCGGAAUAGACUGCUCCAAAAGACCAAAACUGCAGAAACCACAGCCGACCCCGCACUGUCCAAGAAUGCACGGCUACUUCGCCCACGAGGAUCCUCGGAUAUGCAACACGUUUUAUUACUGCGUCGAAGGGAAGUUCAACAUGAUCACUUGCCCCGACGGUCUGGUCUUCUCCGAGAAGACUGGUAUCUGCAAUUGGCCCGACGAGGCCCAGAAGAAGGGAUGCGGCUCCAGAGAACUUUUCAAUUUUACUUGUCCAAAGGUUGACGAGUCCGUCGCCGCUACGCAUCCUCGCUAUCCUGACACCGAGGAUUGCCAAUAUUUUUACGUCUGCGUGAAUGGCGAAAUCCCGAGGAGGAGCGGUUGCAAGCUGGGACAAGCUUUCGACGAACGCACAGGAAAGUGCGACUGGGCUCGAAAAAUACCCGAAUGCAAAGAUUGGUAUAAAGGUCAGCUAACCGACGAGGAGUUGGACGCGUUAGAAAACCCACCGCCGAAACCAAAACCCACUGGUGGACACAGUAGAAGAAAAAUCCCCAAACCGGUGUAGAUUUAAGGCUAAAUUCACCUGUAGAUUUUAAUAUUCUUUGACUUAUUAAAUACCACCUGGAGAAUAAAACACUUCUUAAUACAACCGCCUUUUUCUUAUAAUGGAACGAUGAAAUUGCUUCGUGCAUGGAGCAAUUUAUUUUUAAUAGUAGACUUCACAAUCUAAUUAAACACAUAAACACAGUUAAAAGUUUUCAAGUGUAUAUAUUGGUAUUCGUCUAUGACACAAAUAUGAUUAAACUAAAUGUAAACAAAGCA